AACCACUUUGACAGUGCUUGUUCGCACGUGCUUGUUCACGGAAUACUGUGUGCUUUUGUUAAAUAGUAAAUAUAUAAGUGUAAGCAAUUAUCUGGUGCAAAAUGCCAGACAAAAUCAAAUUCGGCGACGUCGGGAGCGACUAUGAACCAUCAGCGUCGGAAGAUGAAUACAGUGAAGGGGAGAAAGAGCUGCUGAAAAAUGUACGCCAACGGCGUCGGAACAAUUACGAUGAGGACGACGAAAUGCAACGGCAAGCGGUGCUCGGAUUCGACGACGAGGGAGAUUACGAGGAAGAUGAUGAUGAGGAGGAGGAGGAGCCAGAUUUUGAUGAGAUCCGAAAGUUUGAACACGAUAGCGAUAUCGACGAUAAGAACGAAGAGGACGAUCUACCCGAUCGCUAUGCCUGGGGUUCAAAAUCUGGCGCAUACUAUGGUACCGGUUACAAAGACCGGGACUACGAUACGCUUACGGCACAGGAAGAGGAAUUGGCCCGGUUGGAGGAAGAGGAGGCAAUGGAAAUGCAAAAGCGGCUUAUUAAGGGUAUGACCGACGAAGACUUUGCGCUGGACGAUUUAUGGUCGGGCGAUGAGGAGCAAGCAGCGGAUGAAUUGGAACGUGAAGCGGGAAAGCCGGAAAGGAAGAAACCGAAGGACAAAAAGGCCUCUUUCAGCAGCAAGGAAGAGAUCGUGAUAAAAGGAGAUUUGUCGGAUCUGACCGACAGCGAGCGGUUGGAACUGUUUCGCAAAGAGUCACCCGAGUUUGAGGGAUUGGUGAAGGAGUGUUCAGCAAAGCUGGCCGAAUGUGCAAACGUACUGGAACCGGUUCUGGAGCUGCUCCGACGACACAAGCAACUGUCGCAUCCUCUCGGGCAAUUGCUGGUAAAACGAUACGAGCUUCACAUGCUUUACUGUAGCAACAUAAGCUUCUAUGUGCUGUUAAAGUCACAGCGAGUAGACGUUCGUAAUCAUCCGUUGGUGAAACGUUUGCUACAGCUGAAGCGAUUAGUGCAGGAGAUGGAGCAAAAGUACGAGCAAACCGGUAAAGCUCAGGUAGAGGCUUUGCUGGAAGCACAGGCAGAAGGUAUGCAAAUAACCUUCCACGAUGAAUUUGAUCGCGAACAGCCGAAAACUAAACAGGGGCGCCGUUUACGCGUGCUUGAUGAGCUAGACCAGAUGGACUCACAAGCGGACGAUGAACAGGAUGGUGAGGAGGAGAGAGAUGAACAGAGAGAAAGCGACGAUGAACAAUAUUCUGCGAAGCGUUUGAAGAUGGAUCAUUCCGAGGGAGAGGAUGAGGUGGAGGAGGAGGAUGCGGCACAGCAGGAAGACAUGGAAGAGGUGGAUGGCGAUGAGAAGCGCAAGAUCACCUAUCAGAUGGCCAAGAACAGGGGCCUAUCGACACGCAAGCGCAAGGAUCAGCGAAACAUCCGCGUGAAGAACAAGCUGAAGUUCCGCAAGGCUAUGAUCCGCCGCAAGGGUGCCAUACGGACGGUACGCACCGAAACGAAACGAUACACGGGCGAAUCCAACAUCAAACCGUACGUUAAGAGAGGAAUUAAGCUUAAGUAGAUUGUGUCCGGUGUUGGUGUUUACAAGCAACUUUAUUUUCAAAAUUCACGUGGCGUGCCUCAUCAGCGACACGCGUUUUACGGCGAUGAAAAUAGAAAAUCUACCAUUACGAGAAAAAAACAUGUAUGGAAAAGCAGCUGUUAUGUGGAUUGUUACUCAAGACAACUAUAAUAGAAAGAAUCGGAAGGACAAUGGAAAGGAAAAGUUGUGGAACAUGUA